GACGGGAUGAAGCGUUUAGGGGGAUGCGGCGCUCUGUGCAUUUUGAUUAAAGCCCUUCGUCUCCCUUCAGUCUGAAGGCAGGGCACCGGGGAGCACGGGGUGGAGGGGCCUGCACAGGGUCGGGCGAGGGAGAGAGAAUCCCUUUGGUGUGUUACGUAUGGCUCUAUAGGAGAAAUCAUCUCUGGGAAUAUUGUGGAAAGGACGGAGUAUAAAUUGAAGGCGCCUGGGUUUAAUUUACACUCGCGGGCGCCCAGCAUGAAGAUGCAGAGGUGGUCCACGCGGUGGAAAACGAAAAGGUGGCCCUGGGACUCGGCCGUGAUCGUGCUCAUCACCCUCGCUAUCCUUCUCCAGGCUGCGGAGGUCAGAGGAGCUGAACCAGUUGAUGUACUAAAAGUAUUAGAAUUUCAUAAUUCACCGGAAGGAGUAUCAAGAACAGCAGGAUUUUGCACUAACAGAAGAGAUUCAAAAGGCUCAGAUGUUGCCUACAGAGUUUCAAAAACUGCACAGCUCAGUGCCCCAACAAAGCAGCUGUACCCAGAUGGAGAUUUUCCAGAAGAUUUUUCAAUAUUGAUGACAGUAAAACCUAAAAAGGGUAUCCAGUCCUUCCUUCUGUCUGUCUACAAUGAACAAGGAAUUCAGCAAGUAGGUGUUGAAGUUGGAAGAUCCCCUGUCUUCCUCUUUGAAGACCAAAAUGGAAACCCUGCCCCGGAAGACUAUCCUCUUUUCAGAACAGUCAACAUUGCUGAUGGCAAGUGGCAUCGAGUAGCCAUUAGCGUGGAGAAGAAAAGCAUUACAAUGAUUGUUGACUGCAACAAAAAAACGACAAAACCACUGGAGAGAAGUGGCAAACCAGUUGUAGACACUAACGGCAUCACUGUCUUUGGAACAAGGAUUCUGGAUGAAGAAGUAUUUGAGGGUGAGAUCCAACAGUUGUUGAUUAUAGCUGACCCUAGAGCUGCAUAUGACUAUUGCGAACAUUAUAGUCCAGACUGUGAUUCCCCAGUGCCUAAUGCUGCUCAGGCUCAAGAUCCUCAAGUUGAUGAGUACACACCAGAAGAUUUUAUCGAAUAUGACUAUGAGUAUGGGGAUGCAGAUUAUAAAGAAACUGAGUCUGUAACAGAGGGACCCCCACUGUUUGAAGAGACAAUAGCACAAACAGAGGCAAACAUUGUUGAUGAAUUUCAAGAAUAUAGCGUAGCUGGAAAUGACUAUGGGCCCCGGACAGAAGCACCCUCCAGAACUACUGAAGCCAAUGAGCAAAAACCUGUUGAAGAAGUAUUUGCUGAAGAAUACAUAACUGGAGAGGAUUAUGAUAAAAAAACUGAGGAAACUGAAUAUGGAAGCAGAGGAGUAGACCUCAGUGAAUCUGAUCUUCUGGUAGAUGGAGAUUUAGGCGAAUAUGAUUUUUAUGAAUAUAAAGAAUAUGAAGAGAAACCGACUGAUUCUACUAAUGAGGAGUUUGGUCCAGGUGUUCCUGCAGAGACUGAUAUCACAGAAACAAGCGUAACACAACAUGGGGCUUAUGGAGAAAAAGGACAAAAGGGAGAACCAGCUGUGAUUGAACCCGGUAUGCUCAUUGAAGGACCGCCGGGACCAAGAGGACCUGCUGGUCUUACGGGUCCUCCAGGCUUACAAGGUCCUGUUGGUCCUCCAGGUGACCCUGGUGAAAGGGGUCCACCUGGUCGUCCUGGUCUCCCUGGUGCUGAUGGUUUAGCAGGUCCCCCAGGUACCAUGUUAAUGCUGCCGUUCCGCUUUGGUGGAGAUGGUGAGAAAGGCCCAACAAUCUCAGCUCAGGAGGCUCAAGCACAAGCUAUUCUUCAGCAAGCAAGGAUUGCAAUGAGAGGUCCACCUGGUCCUAUGGGACUCACUGGAAGACCAGGUCCUGUGGGAGGACCUGGAGCAGCAGGUGCUAAGGGAGAAAGUGGUGAACCAGGUCCUCAGGGUCCUCGUGGUGUUCAAGGUGCCCCUGGUCCAAGUGGAAAAGCUGGCAAAAGGGGACGGCCUGGAGCUGAUGGUGCCAGAGGAAUGCCAGGAGAACCUGGUGCAAAGGGUGACAGAGGAUUUGAUGGUCUUCCUGGCCUCCCUGGUGACAAAGGUAACAGGGGAGAUCGUGGCCCACAGGGACCUCCUGGUUUACCUGGUGAAGAUGGAUCAAGAGGAGAAGAUGGGGAAGUUGGACCAAGAGGUCUCCCAGGUGAAGCUGGUCCACGGGGACUACUGGGCCCCAGAGGUACACCUGGUCCCCCUGGACAACCUGGCAUUGCAGGUAUUGAUGGACCUUCAGGCCCAAAGGGAAACAUGGGUCCUCAAGGGGAGCCAGGACCCCCUGGUCAGCAAGGAAUCCCAGGCCCACAAGGCCUUCCUGGUCCACAAGGUCCUAUUGGACCUCCUGGUGAAAAAGGACCUCAAGGCAAGCCAGGCCUUCCUGGCCUUCCUGGUUCUGAUGGGCCUCCUGGUCAUCCUGGCAAAGAGGGUCAGUCUGGAGAGAAAGGUGCAUUGGGGCCUCCAGGUCCUCAAGGUCCAGUUGGUUAUCCAGGUCCUCGGGGAGUAAAGGGAGCUGAUGGUGUUCGUGGUCUCAAGGGAUCCAAAGGUGAAAAGGGUGAAGAUGGUUUCCCAGGAUUUAAGGGUGACAUGGGCCUUAAAGGUGAUCGGGGAGAAGUUGGUCAACCUGGCCCACGAGGAGAAGAUGGUCCAGAAGGUCCAAAAGGUCGAGCAGGUCCAUCUGGGGACCCAGGUGCUGCUGGUCCAGCUGGGGAAAAGGGUAAGCUUGGUGUACCUGGAUUGCCAGGAUAUCCAGGAAGACAAGGUCCAAAGGGCUCAACUGGUUUCCCAGGAUUUCCAGGUGCCAAUGGAGAGAAAGGUGCAAGGGGAUUACAUGGCAAACCAGGCCCCAGAGGACAGCGAGGACCAACAGGUCCAAGAGGCUCAAGAGGCCCAAGAGGUCCCACAGGCAAACCAGGUCCAAAGGGUACUUCAGGCAAUGAUGGUCCGCCUGGCCCACCAGGUGAAAGGGGACCACAAGGGCCUCAAGGACCUGUUGGAUUUCCUGGACCAAAGGGACCCCCAGGGCCACCUGGUAAAGAUGGCUUGCCUGGACAUCCAGGACAGCGGGGUGAGACUGGAUUUCAAGGAAAAACUGGUCCUCCUGGUCCUGGUGGGGUUGUUGGCCCUCAGGGUCCUACUGGUGAGACUGGCCCAAUUGGUGAAAGAGGUCAUCCAGGUCCUCCUGGCCCACCAGGUGAACAAGGCCUCCCAGGUGCUGCAGGAAAAGAAGGUGCUAAGGGUGACCCAGGUCCUCAAGGUAUUCCUGGGAAAGAUGGACCAGCAGGUCUUCGUGGUUUCCCUGGAGAGAGAGGCCUUCCAGGAGCGCAGGGUCCCGCUGGUCUAAAAGGAGGGGAAGGCCCACAAGGUCCACCUGGCCCUGUUGGCUCACCAGGGGAACGUGGAGCAGCAGGCACUGCUGGUCCAAUUGGUCUACCAGGUCGUCCUGGACCUCAGGGUCCUCCAGGCCCUGCAGGGGAGAAGGGUGCUCCUGGUGAAAAAGGUCCUCAAGGUCCAGCUGGACGUGAUGGAGUACAAGGUCCUGUAGGACUUCCUGGUCCUGCUGGUCCAAGUGGUUCUCCUGGAGAAGAUGGUGACAAGGGUGAAAUUGGUGAACCGGGUCAAAAAGGUAGUAAAGGUGACAAGGGAGAAAACGGUCCUCCAGGUCCACCAGGUCUCCAGGGUCCUGUUGGUGCUCCUGGCAUAGCUGGAGGUGAUGGGGAGCCAGGCCCAAGAGGUCAGCAAGGAAUGUUUGGACAAAAAGGUGAUGAAGGUCCUCGAGGCUUCCCUGGCCCUCCAGGCCCUAUUGGCUUACAGGGUUUGCCUGGCCCACCAGGUGAAAAAGGUGAAAAUGGGGAUGUGGGCCCGAUGGGUCCGCCUGGUCCUCCAGGUCCAAGAGGCCCCCAAGGUCCUAAUGGAGCUGAUGGUCCUCAAGGCCCCCCAGGCUCAAUCGGCUCUGUUGGAGGUGUUGGGGAAAAGGGUGAACCUGGAGAAGCUGGUAAUCCUGGACCUCCUGGAGAAUCUGGAACAUCUGGUCCAAAAGGUGAAAGGGGAGAAAAAGGUGAGGCUGGUCCACCUGGAGCAGCUGGACCACCAGGUGCUAAAGGACCUCCAGGUGAUGAUGGGCCUAAGGGUAACCCAGGUCCGGUUGGUUUUCCUGGAGAUCCUGGUCCCCCUGGAGAGCCUGGUCCAGCUGGUCAAGAUGGUGUUGGUGGAGAAAAGGGUGAAGAUGGUGAUCCUGGUCAACCUGGUCCACCAGGUCCUUCAGGAGAAGCUGGCCCACCUGGUCCACCUGGAAAGAGAGGACCUCCUGGAGCAACUGGAGCUGAAGGCAGACAAGGUGAAAAAGGUGCAAAGGGUGAACCUGGUGCAGAAGGAGCUCCUGGAAAAACAGGUCCAGUUGGUCCUCAGGGACCAGCAGGAAAACCUGGCCCUGAAGGUCUCCGGGGCAUUCCUGGCCCUGUGGGAGAACAAGGUCUACCUGGAGCACCAGGCCAGGAUGGCCCUCCUGGGCCACUGGGCCCACCUGGCUUGCCUGGUCUGAAAGGAGAUCCAGGAUCCAAAGGAGAGAAGGGACAUCCUGGUUUGAUUGGCCUGAUUGGACCUCCAGGAGAACAAGGUGAAAAGGGUGAUAGGGGUCUUCCUGGUCCACAGGGGUCUCCUGGAGCCAAAGGUGAUGCAGGAAUUUCUGGUCCUGCUGGUCCACUCGGACCCCCUGGUCCUCCUGGUUUACCUGGUCCCCAAGGUCCAAAAGGUUCCAAAGGAUCCAGUGGUCCUGCUGGCCAAAAGGGUGACAGUGGUUUACCUGGCCCACCUGGUCCUCCAGGUCCUCCAGGUGAAGUAAUUCAGCCACUGCCAAUCCAGUCACCCAAAAAGACUAGAAGAUCUCCCGAUUACAUGGUAUCUGAUGCUGGUGAUAAUAUUCUGGAUUAUUCUGAUGGCAUGGAAGAGAUCUUUGGUUCACUGAAUUCACUGAAGCAAGACAUUGAGUAUAUGAAGUAUCCAAUGGGCACUCAGAACAACCCAGCCCGAACCUGCAAAGACUUGCAGCUCUGCCACCCAGACUUCCCAGAUGGGGAAUAUUGGAUUGAUCCCAACCAGGGUUGUUCUGGAGACUCCUUCAAAGUGUAUUGCAAUUUCACAGCAGGUGGGGAAACUUGCAUCUACCCAGAUAAGAAAUCUGAAGGAGUUAGAAUUUCAUCUUGGCCAAAAGAGAAUCCAGGAUCUUGGUUUAGUGAAUUUAAGCGUGGCAAACUUCUUUCAUAUGUGGAUGUUGAAGGCAAUUCCAUUAAUAUGGUUCAAAUGACAUUCCUUAAACUACUGAGUGCCUCUGCCAGACAAAAUUUCACAUACAACUGCCAUCAGUCCGUAGCUUGGCAUGAUGCCUCAUCUGACAGCUAUGACAAAGCACUAAGGUUCUUAGGAUCAAACGAUGAAGAGAUGUCUUACGACAACAAUCCUUACAUCAAAGCGCUUCUUGAUGGCUGUGCGUAAGGACAUCAAAGAUUGUUACAGUGAAAGAGGUCAUGAACUUCCAGACAAGUAGAUGUACUGCUUUAGCCAAAAUUGGGCUUCCCCCCCCCCCAGCUGUAUGAAUGAAGGCUCUGUUCUAAUGACAGAGGAUGGAGCCAAAGCCCACAAUACUACCAUGGACAUGUUUUGUGUAUGUUCUCUCAAGACCUUUGCCAGACCUUGACUUUGUUUCCAGUUUCUCAAGGGUGGAGUUAUGACUGCCAUCAAAACACAGAUAACUUCAGUAAGACAGACAGGAGUUCUUAAGAAUUCAGCAGCAGGACUGGGAUCUAACUGUCUUCAUUGCUUCUUGGUAUGGUCUAAGAUUUUUUUUUUUUUUAAACAUCAGAAUGAAAUUGUAGCUAGAUCUUGAUGAAGCAUAACAAAACCUAGCCAGAAGUGAUUAGUGCAGAUGAAAAUUAUAAUUCAGUUCAUCCAAUUUGCUGCCAUUACAUUAUGCAUUACUAAAAUAUAAUAUAUAUAAAUAGCAGAUGACCAAGAAAUCAACUGUCAAUCAGUGAGAUAUGAUAAAAUCUACAAAUAAGUAGUCAGUGCUUAUGUCAGUGCUGACCAUGCAUGACCAUGCUUUGCCUUUCCAUGUCUAGUAAGCACUAAAUGAGAUAUUACAAUCUAGUAGUAGCAGUUUUCAAUUUUCUGAUUAUUGGCCAUUGCACACCCAAGUGACUAAUGUUAUUGCUUUUUCUCAUGCUCAGCCUUUAUGUUCAAAGCGACAUAAGAAUCACCAAGGAUAGUCACUCAACCUUCUUUGUGAUUCUAAUACAAAGAACACCUGCCAUAAACAGCACCAAUAAGCCCUGAACAGAUAACAAGAAAAAGGAAAAUUAAUCAUACUUUGGAUGAUACAGUAAACAGAAGAGUUGAUGGAACAUUUAUCAUUUCUCCUGUACACAUCAGAGAAGACUAAAUGUAAGUAUGGGAACUACUUAACAGCUUGCAAAGCCAUCUAUUUUUAUUGUGAAUUAUAUGCCUUGAACGGUGGCCAGUAAAAUUCUUUGUAAGAAGAAUUUUGUUUUUCUCUAACCCAAGAAGUUCUCUAAGCUGGAUCUUCUGCUGUUUUCACUGUAGCAAGGAAGUAAUGGGUAAAUAAUUUUCCUGAGUCCGCAGGGCUGAGACAAUAGAGCUGUCCAGGGUCCCAAGACCAUCCAAAUGACCAGGUAUGAACACAGUAGCCUCCUGUUCUGUUCUCAUCUCACCCUGAAAUACUUUGUACACAGGAAUACUGAAAACAGCCAUGGCUGUGCAGCAACAGCACUAGCCCAUGAUAUUGUGCCUGGGAGGCCCAGCCUCCAAACUCUGUAGUUCCCUGGAAUAAGAGCAAAGUAAGCAUAGCUAGAGUAGAAAACCUGAGUUUUUAAAUGGAAGAGCACAUGACAGCUGAAAACGAUGAUGAGAGGCUUAACUUUAAGGUCAGAUACUCGAAAGAGGAAGAGAGCACUAUGGGAGAAGUUUAAGAGACUGGGGAAUAAAUACAGAACCAUACUAACAUGCUGUCAGACUCACCAAAUAUAAAGCCUAUCUUGGUGAUCCAUACAUCCACACUAGGCAUAGAAAUGAAGCAGCCUCUGACAUUGCUUGCAUCUUGUACCUAACAACAUAACACAGAGAAGUAGAUGAGUCUGGCAGUGAUAUAGUCUGUCUGAGAACUGUCUCUGCAACAAAGUCACAUGAAAACUACAGGGAGAUCAGUUCACACUGAUGUCUGUGAAACCUCCCUUUGCACACAAAAGUUGGUCCAUUUAAUCUUAUAAACACAUCAACCUCAAAACUAGACACAGUAUCUUGAGGAUAUCACCAUAUUUGAUCUGAUGUUGCGUCUUUCCAGGAACAUUUCCCUGAAGAAAGCAAUAAAUAAUAAGAAUAGUACACAUUAACUGAUAGCCGAAAAAAUGUCCCAGCUAAAUGAUUCUUGAAUAUUCCAAGGCAUUAUGAGUUCUGCAUGCAUGCAUUUGUUUCUCAUGUUUUGCAUAAUUUCUGAUGACUGUAUGCACAAGCACACAAUACAGAAACAGCAGCUAGCUAGCAUGCUUACUCACUGAAUUUAAUGAGUAGGUUAGAGUCACCUACUAUAAAAGUAAAAUGAAGGCAAAAUUACAAUUUUGGACGCCAAGCUAAGGUUGAAACCUGUAUAUGCACAGCUAGUUAACACCUUUUAAUAUACACAACAAUAAAUCCUUCACACAGAUAUACAGCAAAUUUAGAUGCUGUAUACAGUGGAACAGUGGAACUCAACUAUAGCAAUGUGUGAAAUGAUAUAUUUAACUGUAAUGAGACAUAACUCAGAGGAAGUAAACCCACCAAAGUAGUUUCGGGCUCGUUUCAGCCAGACAAUCACCUGCCUUAGCAGGACGGGAGAGACGGCGCCGCAGCGAAAAGCUGUUUGCGCCGGCAGGGCGCGGCGUCCCCGCGGUGCCCUCGCGAUCGGGGCAGCGGCGUGUGGCCAUCACGACUGUUAAAACCGUUGGCUGCCGUCUGCGCGCCGCCUCCCAGGAGCGGCAGAGCUCGCCCGAGGGGCUGCUGCUUUGCAGCUCCUGAGAUAACUGCUGGCUCUGUGUGUAAAAGCGAUGUACCCCGCUUCUCCUGCUUACCGACAGCUAGCGCGUACCUGUGAGCUGAUCUCCAAAGAGCUGGGGGGCUCUGAGGCUGAGAAACCUUAUUGAGAAGAAGGAAAAUGUUGCCCUUUGUUUUCUUAGCCUAGGUUCUUCUGUGGUAGAAAAGGCUGUACGGUGCUGCACAGCUAUUGGACUUCUGACAGCAGGUAUGCAAAUAAUAACAUUUAAACAACUCUUUAUACAAACUAACUAGGAGCUUAGUAUUUGUUUUGAAGCAGAAUAAAGGCUUUAACACUGUCAAGUACUCCUUUGAGACAGCAGUCACAUGAAGCAGCUCUUGGUGGACUUGGCAGUGCUUCUUUCGCGUAAUCUCCUCCUUUGAAAGCUUUGAUUGAAAACCAAGCCUCACUCAGGGUCCUGCAGCACAGCCUGGAAGCUUCUUUCUGUUAAUUAAUUCUCAAAUUAACUGCAGCUGGAUCUCAUAACCUCUAACAAUGCUUCCAGAAUCCUUCUCCUAUUAUCUUGAUUUGUCAGGUUAAAUUCACCUUUUUGACGUGACACCCAUUAAACAGUGUAAAAGAGAAGAAGAUUUGUUACCCAAAAGUGAAAAAAAAGCAAACCAUCCAGGUACUGUUUGCAGGUCCACUGUUGCACUUGCUGAACUCAAAUGAUAUUUCAUUGCAGCUUUUAAGAGAAAUGUUAGAGAAUCAACAACCCUCUGUCCACUGUCCAUUUCCUUUAAAGACUGUGGUAAUCAUUCUUAAUUCACCACACUUCUGGGCAUUUCUGUUUAACACAUAGAAAAAAAGUAUGAGACUGUAAGAGACUAUUCUUUUAUAUCAUUGACUCAAAGGAAUAAGUCCAGGCAAGUCCUGGGCAAAGGCAGAGAAAUCUUUUGUCUUGUGGACACUGAUGGACAGGUCCUGGCUAAGGAUUGUGAAAUCCUGUAAGGAGCACAGAUGGACAAGGCCAGGGGCAACGAGAGAGAGAGAUAAGCUGCUGCUAAUGGCCGGGAAACGAUGUUUUUUUGUGGACUUAUCUCGAGGAAGAUGGCCAUCUCAGGAGGUAUGCACAGGACUCUUGCUCAAGCAUCCAGGAAUGUCACGUAGGCAGGAGAAAAUGGAGGAUAAAAGAGGGUCCAACAACCACGGCUAUGUGGAGACUGAUCUCUCACUGCAAUGUGGAGGUUUAUCUCUCACCACGACAGACUUGAGGGGUUCUCUGCCAUCUGAUCUCUCACCGCAACGUGGAGGCUGAUCUCUCACCGCAACACGGGGGCUGAUCUCUCACCACGACACGAGCUUUCUGCCUUCAGAUCCUUCUCUACGGACCGUUUGCUGAUGGACUUCCCUGGCCCUGCUACCUGAGACCUGCUGCUUCCUCCCUGACCUGCACCCUCUCGUUGCCCAAGACCGGCUUUGCUGCUCCUGCCCUUCGGCCUCGGACCGUUGGAACAUUGUGCAAUGGGACUACUGCCGGAUCCUGGUGGUGACUAUCCCCCCUUUACGCAAUUCUUGCCUCUUUCUAUAUUUUCUAUCACUCGCCUUCCCUUCCCCAUCACCCCAAUCCUUAAUAGUGUCCGUCCUCCCCUUUCUUCAUCUCCCUUAUUAACAUUUGUAAUAAACUGGUCGGACCAACAUUUGAACCGUUGUUUCUUAAUCUCACGCCGGGCAUACAUAUUUCAAAGAACCUCCUCUCCCUCCUAUAAAUUGGAGCAAGACAGAGACCUAUACAAGUUCUGCCUCCAGACAAGCAACACAUUGAUAACUGUGGUCUGGCCUUCACUCCUUUCCCUUGCUUCCCCUAGCUUAGGUUAAAGCAUGGCUGUCCAGCCUUCUGACUUGCCUGGGCUGGGCUGGGCUGAAUAAAUAAGAAUUGUCUUAGGCCACAUACGGAGAGGUUGCACCAAAAGUAAUGUCUCCUAUUUAUUUCCAUGGAAACUACAACCAAUACAAAGAGCACAGUAACACCAUUUCACAGAGCAAAUUCUCAGCUACAAAACAGUAUUUUUCAAUAUAGUCACCACCACUGGCUAUGCAUUUUUGCCAGCAGUGAAUGAGAGCCUGCAUUCUGUGCUUGUCAAGAUCUGUACCAGUAGAAGUGGCCCACUGAAAUGCAGUGCCCACCACCUCACUGUGCUCACAUCCGCUCUUUGGUCACCAUCAACAUUCAGCAAACAUUGAUGAAUGUCAGUGGAUGCCAUUUUUUUCCUCAUAGAGGAAAUUCAGUGACACACUUUUGCUUCAGAUACACUUCCAUGUCAGAUGCUGUUUGUCAGACUGCUCUGCUGCUGCCAUCUGUCACAUGGCAGCAAAAUGUGUGAAUGUUCAACCUCUACUGCCAUACCACAAACACCUGCUUCAUGGGCCAACAUAAUAAAAUAGCAAGCAUUACUUUUGGAGCAGCUCUCAUAAAAUAUGUAAUAUGGUUGAUUUAUAUAAGUAACAAAAUGUAUUUUUGUCUUUAGUAUUUUAAUUUUUUUAAAAAGGCAAUAAAAACAUAAAACUCGUGGGCUA